AUGUCCAACCGAAGCACCGUGACCGAGUUCCUGCUCCUGGGGUUCUCUGACGUGCGGGAGCUACAGAUUUUGCAUGUUGUGGUAUUUUUGGCUAUUUAUCUUGGAGCCCUGUUGGGGAACCUUCUCAUCAUCACAGCGAUAGCCCUUGACCACCGUCUUCACACCCCCAUGUACUUCUUCCUGAUGAACCUCUCCAUCCUGGACCUCGGCUCCAUCUCUGUUACGGUCCUCAAAUCCAUGGUCAACUCCCUCCUGGACACCAGGGUGAUUUCUUAUGCUGGGUGUGUAGCCCAAGUCUUUCUCUUUGUCAACUUCACGGCAACUGAUCUUGCCUUAUUGACCAUCAUGGCCUACGACCGAUAUGUUGCCAUCUGCCACCCACUGCACUAUGAGAGAGUGAUGAACAGGGGAGCUUGUGUCCACAUGGCCACCAGUGCCUGGAUCACUGGUAUCGUCUACUCUGCCCUGCACACCGGGAACACCUUCACGUUACCCUUCUGCCAGGUGAACAUCAUCAAUCAGUUCUUCUGUGAAAUUCCCCAGCUCCUCAAGCUGGCCUGCUCCGACUCCUACUGGAGUGAAGUUGGGCUUCUUGCCUUUAGUGUGUUUUUAGUAUUAAGCUGCUUUGUUUUUAUCAUUGUGUCGUACGUUCAGAUCUUCAAAGCGGUGCUGAGAAUCCCCUCGGAGCAGGGCCGGCGUAAAGCCUUCUCCACCUGCCUCCCCCACCUCACUGUGAUCUCCUUGUUUACUUGCACUGGUACCUUUGCCUAUGUGAAACCCACCUCCAGCUCACCAUCAGCUCUGGAUCUGGCGCUGGGUGUCCUCUAUGCGGUGGUACCCCCCUCAAUUAAUCCAAUCAUCUACAGCCUGAGAAACAAGGAGAUCAAAGCUGCAUUGAAGAAACUCAUUGUGUGCAAGUUAUUCAUGGAGAAUUAA